CACAAAAUGGGGCAUGGAAUGAGUCAACAACCAGAGUACGAGUCCGCUUUGGCUGUUUUCACCGCAGUUGAGCAACAAAACAUAUCAGAAUUGUUUCAGAACAUAGCUGGUGUCAACCCAAUCUCAUUCAAUGCCGAUCAACUUCAGGCUCAUUUGAAGGAUCGGCUUCCACCCGCCCUGAUUGUCCGCCUUCACAACCAGCUUUCUAAUGUCUUACAUAAAGACGAAGGCGAAAAGAGAGGGCGCAACACUCAUGUAUGGAAGGAGGCUUUUGUUGUGGGAUUGUCACAUUGUCUCAAGGGAACACUCACCCAGAGGGCCCAGGUUUUUCUGAGGCUUGCUACCGACAAGGAAUAUGCCACAACCGCUGAGUUAGUUCAUCUGAUGGUCCACCUUCUAAAUGCCUACAUGAACCUGAUGACCUUCACCCCGCAGUUUAAAUCAUGGAAUCUAAAACAUGAUGAUGAGUCAAACAAAGAACUAGCUACAUUCCUGAUGGAGGAGUUAAUUAAUGAUAACAUGGACCAGUAUUUUGAGCAUGACUUGGAGAGGUGGCUGUUGAGAUCCGCGUUUGUAGCCCAUGUUGUGGACUAUGUGUUCAACAAGUGUUUUCCUAUCAGCCAUAUAGAAGAUGUUCAUGUCCACACCAUGCUCCAACAACCCAAGAUACCAUACUGCCGGGGUGUUAACUGGGAUGAAACAUCUUCCGUGCUCUCACUUACCAGUCUUAUCCUGCUCAACCACAGCAUUCCACAGCAAGUCAGUAACCAGUGGAAGUUACUCUUCAACAGUAACUUACAUGGAGCAAGUUUUGCCACGAUGCUCAAGCUAAUCAUGAACAAGGGACCUUCAUUGUUAAUCAUCAAGGACAAAAAUGGGGCAAUUUUUGGAGGUUUUGCUCCUGAGAGUUGGGCAGUAAAUCCACAGUAUUAUGGCAGUACCAGUUGUUUCCUAUUUACGAUCCAUCCUAAAGUUGGCCGCUACUUUCCUACUGGCUAUAAUGAGAACUACAUGUAUUUAAACCAAAUGCAGCAGACAUUGCCAAAUGGUUUGGGAUUUGGUGGCCAGCUGUGGUAUUUUGGUUUAUGGCUCGAUAGUGAGUUUGGCAAAGGGCAGAGUAGAGCAGAGCCAAAGUGUACAACAUUCGGCAGCCCCCAACUUUCUGCUGAACCUGAUUUUGAGGUUGAUACAAUUGAAGUUUGGGGAGUUGGUGCUGCUACCCUGGAAGGAGAAGACCAGGUAAAAACGAGUAUAUUAGACAAAGACCCAGCUGCCAAAGCUCUCCUGUCACUUGCCGGUCGGGAAAUGGUGAGCGAAGGCUUGCGAGAGACAGAUGCCACUGCCCAUACACCUUCAGAGCAUAACCUCCAUCAUGAGUGAUUGUGGUCGAUGUGAUUUAUCUAGUUGGUUCCUAUCAUACUGCUGUGCCAUUGGACUAUUCUUGAUAGAUAUUCAAGUUCUUUGAAAGAGAUACUAUAAGCGUGCUAUUUUGCAUUUACCUUAAAAACUGAAAUGGAUCACAGAGGCCCAUAGCUGGUACUGAGAGGACUCCCAGACGAAGCAGUGAUGGUUACAUUCUAAAAUGGAAUGAUGUAAAUGAUCCAUUAUACAAGUCCUUAUAGGCUUAUUGAUAUUAGUGAAUCUAAAUAUAUUUAUGUUACUUAGGCCCUGCACUAUAAGUUAUUGUGGCCUUAUCAGAGCACCAUCCAGCGAAAAAUGUCGACGCAGUGAUGACAUCAUAAUGGCGUGUCAUGACAUGUUUAUGUCGUCAUCUGUGUUGAUGUUGUUUUGACACUGGAACAUCGCUUGCGAUAAGAAACUCUAAAUUGUUGCUGAAAAAUGAUGAUUAUGUAUGCAGUACCAGGGUGAUCAUGGUGAUAACAUUGUAUAUUACCUUUCUUCUAAAUUAUGAUGUAUUCUUUAUUAUUGUACAUGGCAUUAGUUUGCAAUGUUGCUUGUUUUAAAGAUGAAUGAAAUUAAUUUAAAUCUGUUGCAUAAUUAGUGUCCGAAUGAAGACAAUAUAGUCUGCUUCAAGAUGUUGAAUAAUCUCUUAUAUCACAGUCAUUUCUGUAGUGUUUUUGUACAUAGUGUCAAACUUACCUCAAAUAAAUCUGAUGUCCUGUA